CGUGUUGUUCCAGGACCCGGCGCGCGAUGCAGCCGACGCGCGCGCCCCGCCGGGCGCUGCUGCCGCUGCUGCUGCUGGCCGUGCUGGCCGCCGUGAUGGACGCCAAGCCGCUGGAGCCGUGCCCGUCGUCCUGCCGCUGCUUCCUGUCCGAGGGGCUGAAGCGCGCCGACUGCCGCCACGUUCCCGAGUGGGCCGACCAGCAGAGCGACGCCCAGGACGUGCGCGUCCUGCCGCCGCCCGCGGGCCGCGGCGCGCGCUCCUCAGCGCUGCACCUCACGCACUUCGAGGUGUUCCCCAAGGUUCUGCAGCUGGCCGUGACGAACCGAAGCCUCGUCGAGGUGAUCCCGAGCGGCUUCCACGGCCUGCACAGCCUCCAGUCGCUGGACCUGUCCAACAACCUGCUCGCCCGUUUCAACUACAAGGUGUUCCUGCGCAUGCCCGCGCUCCGGCGGCUCGUUCUGGCCGGCAACCCCAUCGCGCUGGAGAAGGACAUCCCGCUGCUCACGUCCAAGUCGCUGCUCUCCCUCGACCUGAGCCACUGCGACAUCGUGGACGUGCCCCGGGGCUCGCUGGAGGGCAUGCGCAACCUGACGUCCCUGUCUCUGCGCGGCAACCCCCUGCGCCUGGAGAAGAACCAGCCGCUGCUAAGCGCGCGCACCACCGUGGUGGAGCUCGACCUGUCGGCCUGCGAGCUGGACUCGAUCCCGGACGGGGUCCUUGACGUCCUGGCUGGGCUCCGCCGCCUCUACCUGGACGGCAACAACCUCCACACCGUCGAGCGGGGCGUCCUGCCGCGCGGCCUGCACCACCUCGACCUGAGCGCCAACCAGGUGCAGGACGUGCCCACCGCGGUGCUGUCCUCCCUCCGCAACCUCACCAAGCUCGAGCUCAGCGACAACCCCGUCAAGUGCACCUGCUCGCUCAUUGGCAUGCAGGGCUGGCUGUCGCGGCGCGUCGUCGUCAUGGAGCGGCCAGUGGUGUGCGCCGAGCCGCCCCAGUACAAGGGCCUUUCCUGGACCAAGGUGGACCUCCUGGAGUUGUGCCGCGCCGAGCAGUCCAACAGCACGGCGGACACGUCGGAGAGCAGCAGCUCGUCGGACGAGUCUUCUGACGACGACGACGAAGACGACGACUCUCCGGCCGCCGCGUCCACCAAUAACGGGCUAGGGACAGCGUUCGACGACGACCCGUUCCUGGAUUCGCUGGAAGACCUAGACUCCCUGGAGCGAGCGCCCGCCUCCUACGAGCAGUACACGCACGACAACGGCAACGGCAUCCAGUCGUCCGCCAUGCCCAUGAAGCUCAAGGUGCACACCCUGGACGCGGCCAUGCACCCGCCGCGCGUCCUCAGCCACAACGACAUCAACUACUUCCAGGCCGACCAGGCCGACCAGCCGUACGACCAGACCACCGCGCGCCCGGGCCACGACGAGACCGAGCCCACCACCGUGGCCGUGCCAGCAGAGCACGACGAGCACGAAGAGCACGAAGAGCACGCGGAGCCUGCCAAGAGCGAGGAGCCCGCGGAGAUCAGGGAGCCCGCGGAGACGGAGGAGGCCUCCGCGGAGGAGGUGAAGGCUGGGGAGGACAUGGGGAGCGACGGGGACGACGGGGAAGGGUACGGCAUGGAGGACGGCGAGGAAGACGAGCAGGCCAACUCGGAGGAGAACAUCACCGAAAAGGACGCCGAGGUGUUCAUGAGGAACGCAGACACGAUCGCCAUGGGCAAAUCCAUGCCCGAGGCCACGGGGCAGGAGAAGGAGACCGAGAUGGAGGCGGAGCAUGCCACGGUCGCGCCCACGGCCAUCCCGGCAACCGAUGAGCCGACGACAGCACCCGACACCGAACAUGUUACCGAAGCUGAAGCCGUGCCCACCGAGGUCCCGGUGGCAGCUGUACCCGUGGACGUUGCACUCGAGGAGCAGGAGAAGGAGACCUCCGCAGUGGAGGCGGAACACGGCGCCGAGCCGACCGGGGAACUCCUUCCCGGAGCACCGCUCGUCGACGAGGUCACCACCCAACCACCCCUUGAGACCACCACGGCGCAGGUCGAGGGCCAAGAUCAGCACCAAGGCGAACACGAACAGGGUGGGGAGGGGCACUUGGUGGACGCGGAGCUCGUCACUGAGACCCCCGAGGCCACCACCACAGUCGCCUCGGACGUGAUGCUUUUGGUUCCCGUCGGAUCCGAGGACGGCGACCGCUCCGCUCACGGACGGGCUCUGGACGGGGAGGGCCAGGCGGAGACCGAGCACGGUGAGCACCACGAAGGAGAGCAUGGCGAGCACUCGGAAGACAAACACGACGACGAACAUCAAGGGGCAGGCGUGAUUGUUCCCGUGACGGAACCGGAGGCCGCCACUUCGCCGCCAGAAGACGCCAAACCUGAAGGCGAGGCUGGGGCUGAUUCUGCCAUCGUGGUCCCCGUGGUUCCUGCGCUGCCCACCGAGGUCACCACGGUCCUACCCCAACCAGCCGUUGAGGAGGAGAUAGUCCCCGAGGUGGCCAAGAACAUUGUUGGUGUCGGCCAGGAAAACGAUGGAGCUAUCGCAGUGGUGCCGGAAGAACCCGCGGCGGAGGUCCCAACCGCGGCCGCGCCUCCCGUCGUGCCAGAGGGUGAACGCGAACCUGUGGUAGAGACUGUCGACGCACCAAAGUCUGUCUCGGAGGUGGAGUCGAUCCCCGUACCUGCACCAGAGGCCCCCGUGGAUACCGUCGACAGUGCCACGCCGGACACGGACGCCGAAACCGUAGCGGCGGCCGCCCCCGACGACGCUAAGCGCAACGAGGAACUGGCCGUACAGCGCGUCACUCCGGGCGGGGGGGAAGCCGAAGACCCGGAAUCGGAGCUGCAGAAGUCCACCAUCACGUAUGUGAUCCUGGGCUGCAUCGUGCUCGCCAUGGUGGUGCUUGUGCUGUACGCCCUGCUCCGCAGCAAGGCCAAGCAGGCCGACAACGGGAGCGGAGGCAAGCCCGCGCGCAUCCGGAGGGAGAACGGCGACGCCCGGAACCACAGCCACCCGGAGGGCACGGAAAUGAAGGACAUGAUGAACCCGCUCCUGGGACCUGGAGGAACGCACCCCGAGAACGCGGAUCAUCCUGAACACGGACGCAGGGCGUCGCUCGUGUCUCUGGAGCUGAUCCGGGAGGAGGAGGACGAGACCACCAGGCUGCAGCCACCGGGCGCCGAUGAAGAAGGAACGCUCCCGCGUGCCAAGGGCGCCGCUGACUCUGAAAAGACACCGGAGCCACCCCGGAGGACAGGCAACGGUAAGGCGACAGUGCCCAACGGCAAGUCCAACGGCAAGGCCAACGGUGAUGCCAACGGAAAACCCAAUGGCAAGGCCAACGGCAAGGCAAACGGCAAGCCCGCGGUGACCGGCGAGCUCGCGCCGUCGCCGACCUCCACCGUGGCCGCCGAUCCGGCAGCGACGCCAAGGACACAGCGGGCUGCAGAACAGCCCAGCAAGGUGACGGUCAAGGCCGGAGUCAUCUCCACCCCCGUGCCGAGGACGCCGGUGCUCGUCAACCGAUCCAACGGUGUCAACGGCGUCAACGGAAAAUUGAACGGCCUCAACAGGAGCGCUUAAACGCCUAGACACGCUUAACGCGAGCAGCAUCGCUUGUGCUUCCAAGGUAGUUUCAAAGCUCAGUUGUCGGACUGAGGUGCCACUCAUUCCUGCUAAGGAUGGGCGGACAAAAGCAACCGCCUCUGUUUCGCAUUGAAAAUCAUUAUCGUUGGUGUUUUUAGCCAAACUCUUUCGAAUGAGGAUUUCUAUAUCGCGCUUUCAAGUUUAUCAGGCGGACUUUGGAGGAGGUCUUGCCGUCGAUGUACUGCAGUCAGCCCCAUAAUUGAUUAUCGUCACUAAACGUAUGGCCUGAUAUGGAGGCUAUUUAUCUAAGUUUGCUGACACAUUGACUGUCAUCUGGCUGUGUUGUUCUCUUUUUCGUCAAAGUAACAUUGUGUUAUAGCUGUAGAUUUUAUACAAAGACUUUGUAAAUUUCCUUCUUUGAUCGAGGUAGUUUGAAUGUUUUCUUAGUGUGCCUUUGCAAGUUGAGGAUGAACAUCAGUGAAAGAUGUUACUUAAUUUAUGAUUAUGAUACUGGGUGAUAUAAAAUAACAGAUUGUAAUUUAUCAUUACUUUAAUUAAUUACUAUAAUGGUCUCA